UUCAUUCAUUGUCAUUUGUUUUUUGUUGCCGGUUAUUUUACAAAAAUUUGUUUGUGUUUGUUAUUCGUUUAAUUCGAAGAAUUUGUUUUGAUUUUUUAGCAUCAUAACAAUUUGUCAAUCUAUCCGACAAUAUAAUGGCUGCCCCACAAAAACCUAAAAGUGAAAUGUCACAAGAAGAGCUUCAAAAGCUUGAAGAAGAAGAAUUCAACACUGGUCCAUUAUCGGUUUUGACACAAUCUGUGAAGAAUAAUACACAAGUAUUGAUUAAUUGUCGUAAUAAUCGUAAAUUACUUGGUCGUGUUAAAGCAUUCGAUCGUCAUUGUAAUAUGGUACUCGAAAAUGUAAAAGAAAUGUGGACCGAAGUGCCGAAAAGUGGUAAAGGCAAAAAGAAAGCUAAACCCGUUAGUAAAGAUCGAUUCAUAUCGAAAAUGUUUCUUCGUGGUGAUAGUGUUAUUUUGGUAUUGAAGAAUCCAUUGGCCACCGAAACAAAACGUUGAUUUGCGUCAUCAUCAUUUUUAAAAAAAACAAUCAAUUCAAUAUUAUUCUAUUAUUUAUCAUGUCAUAUGAACAUUUUUUUUGUAUAUUAAAUUCCAUUUGGGUGAAACCUGUUU